UACGGCAAUGUAUGGGCAAAGGAUUAUUACCUGUACUCGAGGAAAGAGACGUGGAUCGAUGCUCGCAAUGCCUGCAGCAAUAUGGGUGGAAAUUUAAAUACUGAUGUAUGGAAAAAGCCUAACAAAUACAUUAGAACCAAAGCAAUUGAAAAUCAAUGGGUACCUUCAAACGACUUUUGGGUUGGAAUGAUAAAAGGUCCAAAUAGCGAUAUGUGGUAUCAUGACAAAUACGUGGAAAAAUGCCAAAUGCCAACUGAUAAUACAACAUUUUCUGGACAAUCUUACAGCAAUCUUCAAUGCGCUGCUUUCAACAUGUCCAUCAUUUCUUCCUCCGAUACGUCGAAAGUAAUUUAUGCUACGUCCUGUGAUACACGGCUUGGCUUUGUUUGUCGCAUCCAGUACGGAAAAUUCCCGGAGAUAGGAGUUGAAUAUUACAUUGGCUCAGAAAUAUCAAGAACAGGUAUUCAAAAUAUGAAUCAAAUUGCAGAAAACUCCACCUCAAAGGAAUCAUGCGCCACUAAAGCAUUUGAUAAGACGUUCUGGUGUUUUGCUGCAACCUUUGACCCCGUUAAAGAAGAAUGCGUGACUGAAUGUUCUAAAUACCCUCUCCUUCAGAAUAAUAUUUCACUUGUUUCAUCUUCGAACAAGACUGUUUUGCUGCGUAAGCACAGCCAAGUGCUUGUGAAUGUCAGAAAAUCCAACAACAACGCUUCAGAUGCUACAGAUACUUUACACAAUGUAUGUAUCGACAAUCUACUGUUAAAUUUCACAUCAAAACAAGCCUCCAACUCAAUGGAAAGAACAACGCACGUGACAACUGAAUUACAAAAUACAUCUCAGGAAAUGACGUCAGAGUGCGAUUGUCUAUGCUCAGAAAAUCAGCAGAAUAUUACUGCCGAAACACUGGACAAAAUCCUAAAAGAGAUUAAAAGAAAUCUGACUGUUAUUAAAAGGAAUCUUUCCUCUACUAUCAGGAAAAUGUCUUCUGCAUCUGAUGACAGAGAAUUAUCUGUUACCAUGGGGGCCUUGGGUGUUGGUGUCAUCAUCACGUUUUUAACGACACUUGUCUUGAGUGACAUUGUUAAUUUCAUGAACUGGAUACAAAACUCUGCAAACGUGAAAGGCAACCAUUAAUUCAUUAAAUAAUAAUUUUGUUAUUAUUAA